UUACGAGAUUCUGUUACCCAGGUUACCAGGGCCCUCCUACAAUCUUCAUUACCUGCUUGGACAAGGAAUGUCAAUCUUCUGGCUGCCGAUGGUAUUAGCUGUGUCCAUGGCUGUAGAAGUAGCUGUUGGUUAUAGAUAUGGCAACUGUGGUCCUGAUGCAGAAUGAAUCAUCUCCCUUUAUAACUAACAGCUCACUACCCACAGCAAUGAGUACAGGGCACAGCAGACGUCCAACCUCCAAAUACACAAAAGUGGGAGAGCGCUUACGCCAUGUUAUUCCCGGCCAUAUGCAAUGCUCAAUGACGUGCGGAGGUCGUGCUUGCAAAUAUGAAAACCCAACUCGCUGGAGCGAUGAGGACCAAGCUAUAAAGGGACUGUAUUCUUCCUGGAUCACUGAGAAUAUCCUUGGGAUGGCACGACCUUCCACUGAAAUUAUCGAGAAAUACAAUAUCAUAGAGCAGUUUAAGAGCUGCAACAUAAAAACCGUAAUUAACCUUCAGCGUCCUGGGGAGCAUGCGAGCUGUGGGAGUCCUUUGGAACAAGACAGCGGAUUCACCUAUCUUCCUGAAGCUUUUAUGGAAGCCGAAAUUUAUUUCUAUAAUUUUGGAUGGAAAGAUUAUGGUGUUGCCUCUCUGACGACUAUAUUAGACAUGGUGAAAGUAAUGGCGUUUGCAUUACAAGAAGGCAAAGUCGCUAUUCACUGCCAUGCUGGACUUGGCAGGACAGGUGUUUUAAUUGCAUGUUACUUAAUAUUUGCAACGAGAAUGACUGCAGACCAAGCAAUCCUUUUUGUACGGGCAAAGCGACACAAUGCUAUUCAGACUCGAGUACAACUGCUUUGUGUCAGGGAGUUCACUCAGUUUUUAAUACCUCUUCAUAAUGUAUUUGCUUGUUGUGAGCCAAAAGCUCACGCAGUGACUUUGCCUCAGUACUUGAUAAGACAACAGCAUUUGCUUCACGGUUAUGAAGCUCGCUAUCUCAAAUAUGUGCCAAAAAUUGUUCAUUUAGUUUGUAGGUUACUUUUGGACUUGGUUGAAAAUAGACAAGUUGUGGAAGAGAAAACGUUGGACGUGCCUGAUCUUACUGCUGAGAUAGAGAAAACCGUUUCUCUGUUACCCACUGUGCAGCUCGAUAAAGUGUUAGAGAACAAUAUUACAGAAGCUGAUCCAUUAUCCCAUUCAGCAACCACGGCAGAGUGCUUUAUCCAUCAUGAUUCAGUGUUAUCAAGUGAGCAGGAAUUUGAUCCUUUGUGGAAGAGAAGAAAUGUUGAAUGUCUACAACCUUUGUCCCAUUUAAAAAAACGUUUAAGCUAUAGUGACUCAGAUUUAAAGAAAGCUGAAUUAUUGCUGGAGCAAGGUGGGACACCAUGGACUGAGCCAGCAGAAAUGUCUUUUUUAAAUAAACUUAAUAAUCACACAAGAAUAAAACUUUGCUUUCUCCUAGGAAAUAAUGAGAUAAGUCAACCAUCUAUUACUCAGCCAAAUUUAAAAACCGAGCCUUCAAUACAAAAUGCAUUUUCUUUUUGGACUCAAACAAAACUUAAUAGCAUUGAAGGGCGAGAUGGAUCUCCACUCUUCCAUAGAAGAAAAGUACCUAGGGAGAUACAACGAAGUCGAACGUUUUCUUUAGGAUAUUCAUCAACUUCAAACAGCCAAAAGCAGUUGUCAGACUUUGAGUUAAAAGGUGUAAAGUCACAUCCUGCUACACCAAUUGUUGAAGACUCUAUGGAUUCCACUGAGGACACUAAAGACCAGCCAUUUAUCGUUCAUGAGGAUUUUCAAGAUUUUAGCAGUACUUCAGCAAAAGUAAAAUUUUACCUUGCUAAUGAAAGUGAGGUUACAAAUGGCAGCCCAGAACCCAUCCCACAUAUUGUCUUACAAUCUGAAUUAAGCAUUGAAGGAAGAAGACUCUUAGCCGCCAAAGCACUUGCAGAUAUGAAUUGUAGUGGAACGGAAGAAAUAACUGAAAAAGUAAACACAUGGCAGAAAGAACUUAAUUCUCGAGAAGCUGCUUGGGACAAAAUGUGCACGGAGAGAAAUCCUUUUAUUCUUUGCAGUUUGAUGUGGUCAUGGCUGGAACAGUUAAAAGAACCAACUCUUUCUAAAGAGGAUAUUGACAUGCUAUCAAAUUAUGGGGGUGAUUUGGAGGGUGCACUUUAUUUAUUGCAAAAGGGUCAGCAUCAGACCAUACUAUGUAUUUUACAGUGUGUGAAUAACUUGCAGCCACUGCCCUGCGAUAUAGAGGAGGCUCUGCUAGCUCGUGCCAUCAAAGCUUUUACCAAGGUUAUGCAAGAGUCAAAGAAUUGGCUGUUGGUUUACAAUACUCUAAGUCCGAUCUUUAAGCAUAUCCUGUGCAGUAUGCAGAAGUGUUCUCUGAAGAAACUGGAGAAUUCCUGACUUACGCAAGCUAGGCCUUGAAUAUCUCAUAUCACAUUUAUUUCACCAAACAUUUGUGUUUCUCUUUGGUGAGGUUUGUGUUAACAUUAAGGUUGUAAAAAAAGGGCUCAAAAACUACCGUUGUGAAUGUACAAUUACCUGUAUGUGACUUAAUGCUUUAUAAGCUAUUUUGUGACUAGCGUUGGAGAUAUAUAUAUAUAUAUAUAUAUAUAUAUAUGUGUGUGUGUGUGUGUUCCCUAAUCCAAGCAGUAUCUUUCUACUUCAUUGCUAUUAUAUCUUUGUUAAGAAACUGCUUAUAAGGUAUUGAAAAGUUUUAUUUAUUAUAUUGCCAUGCAGGCAUAUUAUUCGUAAAUUAUGUAAAAUUCCCAGACUCUGCACUGUGAAAUGUUUAUUGAACUGAUUGGUAAUUAAAGUAUCAAUCAAAUGUAUAAUAUGACUGUCAUGUAGAAAGGAGGUAAGUUUAUAGAAAUCAAGCAGAGAAGUAUGGCAUGGUUAGUACGUGUUGGUCCGUUUUCUGGUCUCUGUUCACAAGUUGUUGACAGUAUAAAUUCUCUGUAAAUAAACUGUUGAAUUAUAGGUGGUUCUAGAGAGGAAAAGACAUAGAACAUAAUUAUAUUCUUCCUUUCUUAUUAGAUCUGUAUAACUAGCCGCUGGCUAAAACAAUCAGGAUCUAUGACCACAACAUCAACGUGCACUGGUCAUUGACUUGGAUGUCCAAUUGGUUGGAAUCUUAGAACCUUCCAUAAAGAGUGAUUGAGUGAAGUAAUUUUGUGAGUCAAUUUCUGACAAAAAUUUUUCCUCAGAUUAAGGAGUUCAGGUUUAAUGUGGUCUUGUGAUACCCUACAGGUUUGUCAAAUUGGCCUUUCGGUAGAGUUGUUUUGGUCGGAUUGGCUGGUGCAGUAUAGGUGCAGUAAUAGGGAAGCCACCUAUGGUAUUUUGCUGACGUGGCUAGUACUUGAAAUUAGUUUUGUUAAUAAAGGAUAAAUAGACAAAGUAGGGCCCGGUUAUU